AUGUCUGCUACCACUACCAACAACAACAACGGCCAAGGCGUCGGGUACUAUUAUGAUCCUCUUGAUGGGCCACGCACCUCUCGUCGAACCCCGAUGGCUUGCCAAUUCUGUCGAGCCCGCAAGCUCAAGUGUGACGGCCUCCGCCCUCAGUGUACCAACUGCGCCCGUCGUAACUGUGCUUGCAACUACAUCCCAGUCUCUCAGACCACCAAAUAG